AAAAGGAGAAGAAGAGCUUUCUGGAGAAAGAAGGAUCAUGUACCUAACCAGCCCAUACAAAGGGAAUGAAGGGCUUUCUGCAGAGACAAGGAUCCAGAUCCUGGACUGUCUAUAAAAAGGAGAAGAAGGGCUUUCUGGAAAGAAACACCCAGUUCUUGGACUGUCUAUAAAAAGGAAAACGAGGGCUUUCUGGAGCGAGAAGGGUUCUGCGCUUGAUCAGCUCAUAAAAAGGAAAGAGAGGGUUGUCUGGAAAGAGAGAGAUCUGGACUCUUUAUGGUUGUCCAUAAAAAGGGAAGGAAGGGCUUUCUGGAGAGAGAAGGAUCCAGAUCUUGGAGUGUCGUGAAGAAGGAGAAGAAGGGCUCUCUGGAGAGAAAGUUCCUGAUUCUGGGCUGUCCAUAAAAAGGAAAAGGAGGGCUUUCUGGAGAGAGAAGGACUGUCUAUCAAAGGAGGAGAGGGGCUUUCUGGAGAGAGAAGGACUGUCUAUCAAAGGAGGAGAGGGCUUUCUGGAGAGAGAGAGAAGGCUCCAGCCCCUGACCUGCCGUGGAGGAGACCCUUGGAGGAGACCCAGAAGGGAGAGGAGUCUCCUGUCACUCCAUUGAGGGCCCAGCAUGGAGCCGGCGGGUGACCCCCCGAUCGUCCGCUGGCUGGAGCCGAUGCCCUCCUGGAGCCAAGAGGGCCCCCCCGGACCGGUCCUGCGCAAGAUGUCCGCCCAGCCGGUGACCCGGAUCCACCCGCCGAUGGGCAUCAUCUUCACCACGCUGCUGUACUGCGGGGAGCUGGUCUCGGCCUGCGUGGUGAGCGUGGCCUACAGCCGCUCGGAGGACCUCUUCUGGCUCUCCCUCACGCUGGUCCUGAUGCUGGUGCCCUGCGUCAUGGACCAGCUCACCCUCGUCUUCGUCCACCGGGACCUGACCAGCGACAAGCCCUUCGUCCUCUUCAUGCACCUGCUGCUCCUGGGGCCUCUCAUCAGGUGCUUGGAGGCCCUGGUGGUCUUCUACCAGUUGGGGCACGAGGAAGAGCCCUACGUCACCAUCACCCGCAAGAAGCACAUCCACAAGGACUCCGAGUUUGAGCUGGAGCAAGAAGUGGGGCACACGGUGCGCAGGCUGGCCACCCAUCGCAACGCCUUCAAGCGCAUGGCCGUCAUCCAGGCCUUCCUGGGCUCCACCCCGCAGCUCACCCUCCAGCUGUACGUCAGCGUCGUGGAGCAGUACAUCCCCACCAGCCGAGCAGUCCUCAUGUGCAUCUGUUUGCUGUCGGUCACCUACGGAGCAUUGGUCUGCAACGUCUUGGCCAUCCAGAUCAAGUACGAUGACUACAAGAUCUGCCUGCGCCCACUGGCCUUCAUCUGCAUCAUCCUCUGGCGCAGCUUGGAAAUCUCCACCCGCAUCACCAUCUUGGUUUUCUUUGGGAGCGUCUUCAAGCAGUACGCCAUGGCUGUUGGGGGAGCCAACUUCCUGCUGUUUUUCUUCCUGCCGUGGGUCCAGUUUUGGAGGAGCAGCGGCCAGCUGCCCGACAGCGUGGAGAAGAAUUUCAGCAAAGUGGGCACGGUCUCGGUCCUGUGCUCCAUCACUUUGCUGUAUGCUGGCAUCAACGUCUUCUGUUGGUCCGCAGUGCAGCUCAAGUUGGCUGACCGAGACUUGAUUGCCAAGUCCCAAAAUUGGGGGUGCUUGCUUUUGUUCUACGUCUUUCGGGGAGUGGAGAACGUUGUGCUGAUCCUCUGCUGGUACUUUUUCAAAACGGAGAUCUAUGACUAUAUCUGCACCCCGAUGUUAGUGUUGCAGCUCACGGUGGCCUACUGCACCUCCAUCACCUUCAUGCUUGUCUUCAUGGAGUACCUCCACCCCUGCCGCAGUCUCUUUAAACACAACAUCUCUGACUUUUUGCAGUGCGUCUGCUGCCAGUGGGCACCCCAACCAUUGCAUUUGGAGCCCCCCUUUGAACCGGGUGUAAGGCAUAGCGUCGUCUGAUGGAAGAGAUACAGAACCAAUCACAAACCGAUUUGCCAAUGCAAGCAGGAUGUACCCACACACCUUGCCUAAACUUCAGUACACACUUUACUGGAGGAGACAGGCUGUAAUUUUAUGGUGCUAUGCUCCAUGUGCAGGUGGCAUGGUGACAGCGGUGGCCAGAAUCAGCCAUUUGGAGCAUCAUCUGGACCAGCAGACCCAAUCAGGAUGGAUCUCCAACCAUGGUACGCGCACACAGCUGGGCAAACAGAUGUUUGGGAUGUGACUUUUGCCGGCAGGGCUCUCACUUGAAGAGACUGUGUCGUCUGUUGGAAUGAUUGCCUCAGUGGCAUCUGUGUGUAAAAAUGGCCUGUUUGGUAUUUCAGCCAGUUUGAAGGUCAAAACUAACUGACUAGCAGGCAGGAGAGAUGGUCUGGUGGACAUAAACCUCUUAACACAGAGUAUCCUUAUCUCACAUCAGGCUUCCUGAGGUCACAUACCGUUGUAUCCUAAUAUGUUAAAGGGGUCUAGAGACACCCUUGAUGUGUCAGUUGUAACUUUUACAAUGUGUCUUCUUUGUUUUGUCCUUCCCUCAUUGUAUUUAUUUAUUUUAUUGAUCGGAGACUGGGCAAUGCUUAAAGUGUACCAGGAAACAUUUUAAAAAGGAUUUGGCUGUAUCUAAUGCUCCUGUUUCUCCUGUGCCAUUUAGGGCAGCCUGACGCCUGUUUGAGUUGAGAAGCUCAGAUAAUGCUGGACAAAGGGCCAAAGAGUUCUGGUCCAGCAGGGAUUUGUAGUAUAGGAAUGGGCAACCUAAGGGUGGGCAUUCAAAAGAUCUAGGUGAAAGCAGAACAUUUUUGUUGCCCCAAAAAGCUGACUAUUAGGGUCAGGGCCAUGAAGGAAGAUGUAGCUGACUGACCAAAACAACAGGUAGGAGAGACCCACAUUGCAGCCUUUUGUUGCUGUGCCCCUUUCUCAUAUUGGAAGCAGGAUGCUUCACUCAAGGCCAGAAAUAAAGAGUUUUGCAAUGGCCAGGUAUUUCUGUAAAAUUUAUAAUACAUCUAUCAUGUGCUCUCUUUUAAUUUGGAAGGAAACCAGUUACUGGUUGAUUCUUAAAGUGUGCGAAACAAAAAGGCUACCAACUGGUAGGAUUGGGAAGUAGUCAUCAAAUUUUAAUUUUUUAUUGCUUGAUUAAUUAUAAGGUUUCAGAUUGUUUCUGUUUCCAUUUAGUCAUGACUGAAGAUGUGCCUGCUAAUGGCAGAGACUUCUAUAAGGGAGAAGACUCAACUGCAUGUGAAAAUGCAGAGCAUAGCUGGAAUGAACACAUCUAUUGUAUUUAUAAUUGCCCCAAAUCUGCCCCUUUGUGCAUCAAAUGUGAAAUCUUAAAUUCAAUGCUGAAAGUUGUAUUUUGAAUGUAAUUUUUUUUUACCUCAACAUUCAAGAUUGUUUCGGUAGGCAUUGAACAUGGGAUGUUGUAACCUGACAAACAUGGCACAUCUGUGCAUUGCUGUCUGUGAAAUGGUGUUGAGUGCCAAAUGUCAGUGAUGAUUUCGGUUGUUGACUACUACUGCAUGCCAGUCACCAAAAGUCGCUACAUAUUAAAUACUGUGAAACAUC